AUGGCUUCUUUACUUCCCGUGAACAAUGUUGUACGUGGUAGUCCAUCAGCAUCAGACACCAAGAAGCGAGUUGACUUUAUUACGGAGUUGCCAUUGGAAAUUGUUGUAUGCUACAUUCUUCCCAAGAUCUUGGGGAGCGUUUGCACUCUUCCUAAAGGAGUGGCCUGCUUUGAGUGGCUUGCAAAACGUCUACGACUUCCUUCCUUAAAGGAUCUCACACUUACAGUUACGCGAGCACCAUUGUUGAUGCCUCCACAAGUCAUGGCGACUGGGCCUUCGCAUUCUAGUGCUAGUAGCCACGCAAUGCCAGAACCACUGCAUUUACAUCACCUUCUUGAUCAUUGUCCCGCACUUGUCGAAUUGAAGAUUGCAUCCAAAGAAACCAUCUUUAUAGCCACAAGCUCACGUCUCUCUGCUACGUAUCCAAGCAUACGUCACCUUGAACUACGCUAUGCAUCCCCUACUGGUGAAAAUCCACGCAACCCCUUUAGUAUCAAGUAUCAUGUUUCUCCAGCACUCUUUAAACAUUUUCCACGUUUGCGUCUAUUGGCAUUAUGGUAUCCUCAGCCUCGCUAUCAUGACAUGCAAACGAUUUUCGGAUAUUGCCCAAUGUUGCAACAGCUGUUUCUUGGAGGAAUUCAGAAGCAUUCGGUCCCAGAGUGUACAACCUCUCUUCAAAGGGGUUUACGAUUACUAUCUUUGCAUGGUCCUUCAUCUCAAGGGAAUCUCAUUGCACAAUUGCUAAGGGAUCAUUCAACCACAAUCAAAUCAUUGGCUAUGGAAUGUGUUGGUGCUUGGCCAUCAUCUGCCCCGAUAUUGAUAAACGAUCAUGUGUUAUUUCCACGCCUUCAAUCAUUGCAUCUUCAUCGUCGUAUGAGCCGCCAUCCGAUGGCAUUUAUUCGAGCCGUAAUUGGACAAGCACCAAAUCUCGAAUCUAUCAACGUUGAUAAUGGAGGGCUACAAGGGGAGAUAUUGGAAACCUUGAUUGGUAAACCGGUGCGAAGCAUUGAUCUUGUAUGCACACCAUGGUCCAACCCUGCAAGUGCACUUAAUUUUCUUGACCAUCAUGUACAACUAGGCAUGAGGUCUACACUUCAAGAGGUCACAUGCACUAUCACCAGCGACUAUGAGUAUCGCAAUACCAUGCGAAUCAUGCACCCGAUGGCAACAUUCAAGGAUCUAGGUGGCGGAUGGAUGCUUUCAAUUGCAGCAUUACAGCAAUUGCAAUCACUCGAGCUAUCAUUCGAGGACGAUGUUUAUGAGCAGUCAUUGACAACGUUUCUACGGCUUCUUUCGCAGCGAUGUCCUUCACUUGAAAACUUGACAUUGGCGUUUUACUUGUCCUUUAAUAUUGAAUGGCUCCUUCCACUAUCCCGGCAUCCAAAACUCAAAAAGAUGGUUAUUGUGUCGAAAAGAUUUCCCAAAUACAUGACGACCCUUGUGCAGCAUUUUGCUCGAUUGCAGGCAUUUGAUCUCAAGCUGAAGUCUACUGGCCGACGCGGUUUACCAAUCGACAUACCGCUUUCUCGUUUUCUAUAA